AUGCCGGAGGCUCGAGAGCGACUACUCGCCGCCUGGGGCGUCGAAGUGCAGCUGCUGCUGUUCGAAUCGUUCGGCGGGUUCGGAAAGGGGGUCCGUGAGAUCCUCCGGAGAGCGGCGGACGUGCUACAGAACAAGCUGACGCGGGCCCAGUACCUCGAUGAGGUCGUGAAUGAGCUUGCCUGUGGCGGGGGUGGGCGGGUGCACGGAGUUAAGUGCCUCGCCACCCUCGCAGGAGUCGCUUAG